UGUACCAGCCGGCAUAUGCAUGCGCCACUGCAGCCGGCACUCGUACACGUACGUAUCGGUAUCGUACGAAGCCGAUACGGUGCAGGAUUAGACAGUGCAGCAGCCCGUCGAUACUCGCCGUGUAAUCAGCCACGCAGCGGCCUAUAUAAGCCGUCAGCAGCGUCGCAGCACUCGCUGCUUGGGCCCGUGGAAACGCAGCCGGAUUACGUUGGGCUGCUGCUGUUGCUCCGCAAUUCCAACCUGCAGCACGGCAGCAGCGGCGCGGACCAUCUCCGCGGACCUGCGGAUCCCUCGGCGACGUCCUCCCGGACAGCCAACGGCCACCGUGUGAACCCGGCAUCUGCUCUCCGUGCUCCUGUUCUCGUCUGGUCUUUUACUCCGCUCCAUUUCCGCACCACCCAUCAUAUCUAUCUUCACCUGCUGUUCUGGGAAUUCGACGAUAAACAAUCCACCGUCGAUUCAUCCGGCUCCGAUUUAAUCCUCACCGUGUACUUCCGGUCCCGCGCACGCAGUUCCGGGAGGGAGCCAACCGGGAUGACCUUUCCAUUUCCGGUGGCAGUGCAACGGCCGCCUCGCUUCGCUCGCCAUUACUGUGCACCCUCGCCGGACGACGACAGGAGCAGCGGAGGAAGCUUGCUCAACUAAUCUCUGACCUCCGCGGCGCGGCACGCGCUCCGGAACAUCCACAGCCAACACGAUUCCAACCGCCGCGUCCGCUACAAGAAAAUCCUAUAAAUAAUACUGUAUUUUACUCCGCCGUUUUCCGCUUCUGUCCUUUUUGUUUGUUGUUGAUCGCGUAAAUUAUUAAUUUAAAUUAUAUAGUUAAUGUGUCGGUGUCGGUCUUGUGAUUCAUGCUAAUCAGUUAAACUCUGGCAGCCUCGCGGGGCGGUCGGGGGGAGAGAAUGCACGUCCCGGUCAAUUUUUUGUACAGAAGCGGCAUUUUACGCGGUGUCGUUGUGUGCUUCAUUACGUUGUGCGUGGUGAACGGUGAGAGCGCUUCUUAGUCAUUAGUUUUUGUUUUAAUUACGUUGCGUUGUUGAUGGUGUUCCUUGCAACCUUUCCUUUGUUGACCAUUUGAUUAUAACUGGCGAUCUUCACGCUGAUAAAUAAUUUGCGUUAAAUUUGUGUACGCUCAUUCUCCGGUUGAUGCUCGUGUUUUUCCCUAAUGGAAAACACUUUUCCUUAAUGGCGUUUAACGUGUCGUUGCUUAAGCGAUUAAACUGAAAAUUCCUCAA